GGCUCCUCUCUGUGUCUGUAGUUUCUUCGGUGUGCGGCUGCUGGUCCAGCUCGCUCCGCUUCCCCUCCCCGAUGGAGCGUUCUGAGCUCCAGGCUUUGGCGCUGUUGCUGCUCUUGGCUGUGGCGCGCGUUUGGGGGAGUCUCCUCCUUGCCAAAGACAGACGCUCUUGUAAUGCCUCUGGGCAAGCUGUGUGUGGAGAUAAAUGUAUCCCUUUAACAUGGCUUUGUAACGGUGAACAAGAAUGCCCUGAUGGGUCAGAUGAACGCUGUGAAGAAGCAUGUCAUGGUGACCCACUCGCACGGCAAUGCAGUGAUGGGUGCUGUGUUCCUUCUACCUGGUUUUGUGAUGGUACCAUUGACUGCAUGGAUGGCUCAGAUGAGAAGAAUUGUGUGUGUGGGGAGAAGAAAGUCCCGUGCCAAGGAACUAAUCAGUGCAUUGAUCCGUGGGAAGUCUGCGAUCAGCACAUCGACUGUGAGGAUGGCUCAGAUGAAAAAAACUGUCUCCUGGAUAAGUGCCUGACGGGUCAAUGGCAGUGUAGGAACAGAGUGUGCAUCAUGGAAGACUGGAAGUGUGAUGGUAUUGACAACUGUGGGGACCUCUCAGAUGAAAACUGCGUUCACUGCCCAGAAGGAAUGAGAAAAUGUGACAAGGAGCAAUGUAUUCUAGAAUCGGCCAUGUGCAAUGGAGCUGAAGACUGUCGCGAUGGCACAGAUGAACCCAAUACCUGUGGCAGGAAUUGUUCCAUGAACAAUGGAGACUGCACGGAUACAUGUACUGAGACAUACUGGGGGGUGAAGUGUUCAUGUAGUCCUGGUUGGGAGCUCCAUGCCAAUGAUCUGAAUUGCACAGAUGUUGAUGAGUGUGCAAUGGCAUACGGUCCUUGCAGCCAGUUGUGCAAGAACACAGUAGGAUCUUUUACCUGUUCUUGUGUCCCAGGAUACCAACUUUACAAUGAAACUCUUUGUCGGGCUGUCGGAAAAGCUCCCAGAAUUCUUCUGGCUAUAAAGCAUGAUCUUGUUCUCCUGGAUCCAAGAUCUCAUGACUAUAAGGUAGUUGUGGAGACAAAGACAACACCUAGCUCCAUUGCCUAUGACUUGUCAAGGAAGGCUUAUUAUUGGACUGAUGAAGGGAAGAAAUUGCACAUCUUUGUAAUGGGAGGAAAUGACAGUCUUCUCUACCCAGAUGUCAUUGGUGUCAACAGCAUCUCUGUAGACUGGCAUACAGGGCAGCUGUUCUGGGCUAGCGACUUGCCUGGUGCCAUCUUUGCUGGUUUGAGUGAUGGCAGAGGGUAUGUGAACGUUCUAGAAAAGAAUGUGGCACCGGAACAGCUUACCGUGUUUCCAGGAAACAGGUAUAUGUAUUGGGUGAACCGUGGUAGAAGAGGCAGGACUGUAAUAGAAGGUGCAGGGAUGGAUGGUUCAGACAGACAUAUGCUUGCUGUUCUAACCAAAGAACAACCCAUAGGAUUGACUGUUGACCACACAACUGGCAGGCUGUACUGGAUCAGUGAGUAUAAAGAGUCCAUAGAUACUAUAAAAGUGGAUGGGUCUGGUAGACACACCUUCCCUGACAUGCUACCCCAUGAUCAGAACCCUCAUGGCCUUGCUGUCUUCGAGAACUCUUUCUUCUGGGCGGACAAUGAGCAUCUCCUCUCUGCAUCCCGUACUUUGCGAGGCUCCCGUGUGCUUCUGAACUCUACAAUCUCUUCCUUCACGGUGCUCCAUGAGGUACUGCAGCCUCCAAGUAACACAACUGCAUGCGUUCCUGGGUUGUGCAGCCACCUCUGCCUCUCGUCGCCAGUCCAUCCUAAGGGCUACAGAUGUGCCUGUCCAGAUGGCAGUUUCCUCCUUCCUUCUGGAAAAUGUGCAGCACUGGAAGUAUUGUAUGCGACAAAUAACAAGAUCUACAUGCUCCAAGUUGGCCCAAAGGGAUUGGUGCGGCAGUGUAAGCUGGUGCAUGCAUGGCCCAUAGACGAAGACGUCUACUUGCAGGACAUGGACUGGAGCAGGGGCUUAGUCUAUUGGACGGAUAGCCGAGGAAGGCUGCUGCGUUUCCAUAUAAAGAUCAACACAGACCUAAUGAUCCCUGCUGACUCACCAGUCUGUGCAGCAAAUGUUGACAUAUCUUCCGGAGACGUCUAUUGGCUGAACUGUGACAGAACUGAAAUUAAAGUUACUAGAUUUGCUGGCCUGAUGACACAGGUCCUCUAUCACACUCAGAACAAAAUUUGGCGCCUAUUCCUAGAUUGGCAGAGGGCAUCUCUUUACUGGCUUGAAAGUGGAAAACCUGCUCAGAAGAUGGAUCUUGAUGGUGGCAAUAUCAAAGAAGUCUGGAAUAACACCUGGACAGAGAACGCCCCGAUAGCCUUUGACAUCAGCUCACUCAGCUUUCUCUGGAGUUCCAAAGAUAUGGUACUUAAGGGGUGGAGUCUCCUCAAUCGCAGGGAAUACAAUCUACAAGAGAGGUGGACAGGUGGAAUAGCAGCUGCCUAUGGGCCUUUCCUGGUGUUGCUGAACAAAACGGCACUUGUGGUUUGGGAUAAAAAAUCCAUGGAGUCCUCUGCUGUGCAAGUAGCUGAUCUACGGAAGGCUGUGUUUGUCUUUAACACAGACCUGGAAGCUGCAAGAGAUGCUGCUGUUGCAGGAUCUUCUUGUGCAGGUGCAUUGGUGAUGACAACAGCUAGCACUACUACAACAAUGGCUAGCACUACAACAGCGAGCACCACUACUACCACUACAGCUAGCACCACUACUACCGCUACAGCUAGCACCACUACUACCACUACAAGUAAUACCAAAGCAGCGGUCCUACCAGCGACUGUCCCAAAGACAACAACGACAACGCAGGCUACGACCCCAGCUCCUCUGCGGUGUCGACUUUUUGAAUUUCUUUGCCGGAAUGGGGCAGAAUGCGUCCGGCAUGAAUACAUCUGUGAUGGAGAGAAUGACUGUGCAGAUGGGUCUGAUGAAGAGAACUGUUCCCAGUUCUGUAACGACCAAGAAAUGUUUGAGUGCGAGAGCGGCGACAAAUGCAUCGAAGAGCGGUACCAUUGCGACGGCUUUCCCCACUGUCCGGAUGGGUCCGAUGAGUCCAACUGCUGGGUGCCGACAGUGGAGUGUGCCUUGCGUUGUGACAAUGCUUCACGCUGCGUGCCUGAGAGCUGGCUGUGUGAUGGAACUCCGGACUGUGGUGAUAAAACUGAUGAACAGAACUGUGGUAAGGAGACCUUGGGGUAUUUGCCUCUAGCUGGCGUGUGGGUCCCUAAAUGGGAACAUCUGGUGCAUAGCUCAUUCUAG